CAACAGUCAAAGUAUAUUUUCGUUACUUCAGAUUUUAAAGAAAGCGCAAAAGUUGAUGGAAACUUUUGAAGCAAAAUUUGAUAUCGUGAAUUUUUAGGAUAAUUUUUAUUAAGUUCUGUUCUUCAUGACGGGGAUUGUUGCUAUAAAAUUCCUGAAACUGGUUGAUUAAGUAUCUGCUCCAGAAUGGUUUUGUCCGAGAGAGGAGUUCAAGAUAUUAGAAGUGGUAGGAGAUCCAGAGCUGCGAGUCCUAAUAGUCAUAAUUCGGAUGAAAGUAGUAACACUGAUGAAUCUGAAUAUUCUAUGAAAGUUGGUGAUGAAUAUCAAGCUUCAAUUCCAGCAUUGAUUUCAUCUGGGCCGUGUCCUACUACAGAAGUGGAAAAUGCCUUAUUGGUAUGGGCGCCAUGUACAACUAUUGAUGACGAACGAUUAGAUAAAUAUAUCAAUGAAGCUAAAGAAAAAUGUGGCUAUAAUGUGGAACAGGCUCUUGGCAUGUUGUUUUGGCACAAAUAUGAUUUAGAAAAAGCAACCGCAGAUCUCCAAAACUAUACACCUCUUCCUGAUGAAUGGACUGUGGAAGACAAGGUUCAUUUUGAGCAGGGCUUUCAAUAUCAUGGAAAAAAUUUCAAUAGAAUAAAGCAAAUGCUGCCAGAUAAGCCUCUCUCCAGUUUAAUAAAGUAUUAUUACCUCUGGAAGAAAACCAGAUCUCGCACGAGUUUAAUGGAUCGACAAGUACGCAAACUAGGUGCUCAAAAAGAUGAAGGAAGUGGUUCUGAAGCACCCUCAGACAAUGAAAGUGAUAUGGAUCAGGACAAAGAUAAUAAAGCUGAAUCUUCCGGUAAAGGAAAUUGUGCUAAUUGCUUUGUGUCAGCUCAAGUGUAUAAUACUGCAAAAGGACUAUUGUGCCAAGCUUGUAUGCAGUAUUUCAAGCGGACUGGCACACUUCGUAGUUCUGGUACAAUGAGAACAACAUCUCGUCACAAUCCAGCCAGAAGUAAGAAAAAGCCACCACGUGGUAUGCAUUUGAAUUAUGAUGAUUUAGUUGCUAUAGUUACUAGCGCUAAUGGUGAAGAAGAUGCUAUCUUACGGAGUAUGGAUUCUGAAAUUAUUUCUUUCAAGAGACAGGUUCAAAAUAAUAAGCAAAUGAUAUCUCAGCUUAAGCAUAAAAUGUCAGCUGGUAUUGAUAUGUAUCGCCCUCCAGAAGGUGGAAGUAGAAUAAAUACUCGUUGGAAUAGCGACGAAUUGCUACUAGCCGUUCAAGGAAUAAGAAAGUAUGGAAGAGAUUUCAAAGCUGUUGCUGAAGUUGUUGGAAAUAAGACAGAAGCGAACAUUAAAACAUUUUUUGUGAAUUACCGUAGGCGAUUUAAUUUGGAUGGUGUAUUACAAGAAUAUGAUGCUGAACAUGGAACAUCUGCUGAAGACUCAGAAGAAAAGAUUGAGACUGAGAGUGUUACUUCUGUUGGCAACAAUAGCCAUCCAAACUCUCCUGGUUGUCCUCCACAAACUGCUCCUCCUCUUCUACAUCCACCACAGAGUCCUUCUAAUACUUCAAAUAAUUCUGCUCAACAGAGGUCUUGUCCACCUUCACUUCAACAGGCAAAUUCUACGAGAAAUAACACCGGCCGUACACUAUUACAACAACCACCUCCAUUAAUAUGCCCAUCCAACACAUAUGUUAAUGGCACAACAAAAACUACUUUGUCUGGACAUGAAAACAUGUAAUUUUCUGAACUUGUUGGAUUAGUUAACACAUCUUGAUAGUUGUGGAUAUUAUUUUGUUAACAUAAUGCGAAUCACUGUGGAUGAACUGCCAGAUAAAGGUGUACUACUAUGAAAAAGAAAAAUCACAAACUUGCUCAUUAAUAACUUUAUUGAAAUCUGAACUGUAACAGUUUAAAAAAGUAUAAAUAUCUCAUUCAUUAAAAAGUCUUUGAAACCUAUAGAAAAAUAAGAUUAACGGGAUGAGAUCCUCAAACCUUUGAUUAUUUAUAAAUAUAUAUUAUUUUUGUUGUAUAUUUAUAUUGUAUAUAAAAUAUUUUUCAUCA